UAGAACGGGCCCUAAAAACCCUAGCAAGUCCGCAGCGCUUCGACCGUUCAUCCCAAAAGACCACAAGCCCCUUCGCCGACACAGGCAGGCAGGCUCCUUGCCAUCCGUGAGAUGGCGGCGGAGAUGGAAGCCACCGAGGCCGGUGGGCUGGCCGGCGAAAUGGAGGUUGAGGCUUAUCGCCGCCUCUUCCCCCUCGUCUUUCUCGAGCGCCACCUCCGCAAGUCCGUUCGCCCGGACGCGCGGCGCACCGACAAGGCCCGCCCAACCACCGUCGCCCUCGGCACCGUGUCGUCCGCCCACGGCUCCGCCCUCGUGCGCCUCGGUGACACCCCAUGCUCGCGUCGAUCAAUCUCGAGCUGGGGAGUUCCACAUGCCGCCUAUCUGCUCCCCACUUGUCAGACCAGGACGGCCGGCGGAGGUGGCGCCGGUCAUCUCCAGGACCCUAGAGGACAUCCUCAUGAGGACUAA